AUGUCCGGCAAAGGCAAAGGAGGCAAGAGCAAAGCUGGCAAGAAGACCGGUGGCAAAGCCAUUUCAAAAUCAAAAAGGGCCAAUAUUACUUUCCCCGUUGGCAGAAUUGCAAGAUUAUUGAAAAAGGGACGUUAUGCAAAUCGUGUGGGUGGUGCGGCUCCCGUUUAUUUUGCGGCUAUUUUGGAGUACCCUCGCGUAAGUGCCGAAUUGCUUGAGUUGGCAGGCAACGCUGCUCGCGAUCACAAGAAGACGAGAAUCCUUCCACGUCACAUUCAGCUCGCUGUCAGGAACGAUGAUGAAUUAAACCAGCUCUUCACUGGAAUCACAAUCGCAUCUGGUGGUGUUUUGCCAUCCAUCCAACCCGUUCUACUGCCCAAGUCUAGAAGCAAGAAGGGUGCAGCCGAAUCUCAAGAAUAUUAG